AUGUCUGGAUUAAGAACGGUUUCUGCUAACGGCAGCACGAAUAAAAACUAUGAUUCUGUCAUGAAGAUUUUACUUCUAGGUGAUUCCGGUGUAGGUAAAUCAUGUCUUUUGGUUCGUUUUGUUGAAGAUAAGUUCACACCAACUUUCAUCACCACAAUCGGUAUCGAUUUCAAGAUUAAAACCGUAGACAUCAAUGGGAAACGUGUGAAGUUACAACUUUGGGAUACUGCUGGCCAGGAACGGUUCAGAACCAUCACAACCGCAUACUACAGAGGUGCCAUGGGUAUUGUAUUGAUUUACGAUGUUACUGACGAAAGAACUUUUGAAAACAUCAGACAAUGGUUCUCCACUGUUAACCAACAUGCUAGCGAGGAUGUAGUAAUGCUGCUAGUCGGAAAUAAAAAGGACAUGGAUACAAGAACCGUGUCUUACGAACAAGGUGAAGCUCUUGCUAAGGAGCUAGGGAUCCCAUUCAUUGAAGCCAGUGCCAAAGACGACACCAACGUCAGCGAAAUCUUCUUCACAUUGGCCAAGUUGAUCCAAGAAAAGAUCGAUGAUGGUAAGAUGGAAGGAAAGGCUGAAAAGGAGGGAAAUGUAAGCAUUCGUGGCUCAGGCUCUUCAGGCUCCAAGUCCAAUUGCUGCUAA